AUGUCGGCUUUUGUGAGCUUGUCACGCUUCUUCACUCCCUCUGGGUCUCACCCUUGCUCCUUGGACUUCCCGGAAUCUGUUAUCGACAGCUUACCGGUGGACUUUGAUGUGACAGAGGUGGGGCACAGUCUGUUGACGGUCGAAGACCCAGAAUUCCAUGAACACCUGCUCUCUUCAGUUGAAGCAGCAUCUCCCGAACAAUUACGCGCCCUCGUCCUUCAGCUCGCCGACGAGAUACCUGAACUACGAUGGUCUCUUGUCCAAUCGCUUGACUCCUUGAAGGCAUCGUCAAAGGAGAUCUCGGAGGUCUCACACAUUGACAUGAGGUCUGAUGCGGACUCAACCGAAGCUUCCUUUAGCCUAGAGAGUGUGUCAACAGACUCUGGGAGUUGCCCCAGCUGGAAAUCCGCCUGUUCGGUGAUUAAUUGGGACGUCAAUGAUAUCGAGGAUGUCCCUGAGAUCCAAUCCGAGGUGAGCGUGGAUGUCAGACCGCGUCCACGCUGGGAUAUUUGCGUAAAUUGCGGGCAAAAAUUCGACAUGAACGCGGUGCGCGGGCCGUUCGAAUGCUGCUAUCAUCCAGGGUUCCUCCGAAAAGAUGUUGAACGGCACAAACGGUGCGAUCCCCGGUCGUACCCGGAGGACUUUAUCUGGAGGUGCUGUAACGAAAGCGACCCAGAGGGAUGCGAGACUGGCUACCAUAUACCUGCCGGAGACAUUGGACUGCCGCGGUUGUCUUGA